CUUUUCCUAUGUUUUUCUUCUUGCAUCACACAAACGAUAAUAAAUACUAGUAAUAAAUUCAAAGAGAGUAUUAUCUUCCGAGACGAUGCGGUGGCUUUCUUCUACGUGGGUCUCCGAUCUCUCUUGUUCUUCGUCGGCCGUUAUAGAACCGUCUUCAUCUCUUCCAGCUCUAAUCCAAUGGCUAAGAUUCAUUCUACUCUCUCCUUGCCCACAGCGACUUCUCUCAUCCACCGUCGAUCUUCUCUUCCUUAUCAUCCUCUUCUUCUUCGCUAUCCAAAAACUCUGUUCUUCAUCAUCUUCUGCUUCUUCAAGAAUCAACGGUGAAGCUGACAUCACUAAACCUCUACUAGGAAGAAGAACACGAACCAGAACAACCGGGUUGUUCAAAACGACAAUCGUAGUAACCAUUCUCCUGUCGUUUUGCUCCAUCGUGCUCUGCGUUUUGGCUUUUUUCACCACUCGGACGAAAUUAAAGCUCGUUGAUUCUCUGUUUUGGUUAAUCCACGCCGUUACUAACGUCGUCAUCGCCGUCUUAGUUCUCCACCAAAAGAGAUUCGCAUCUCUGUCUCAUCCGUUAACGUUACGAAUCUACUGGGUUUUCAAUUUCGUCGUCACAACUCUCUUCACCGUCUCCGGGAUUCUCCAUCUCCUCUCCGACGAUUCCGCCGCCGCGAGUCUAAGAGCAGACGACGUCGCUUCGUUCAUCUCCUUCCCUUUAACCGCCGUUCUACUCCUCGUCUCCGUCAAAGGAUCCACCGGAGUAGUAGUAACCAGUAGCAGCGUCACAGCUCCGGCGGAAUCAAACGACGUCGGUUUAGAGAAAUUCGAAAACGUUUCACUAUACGCAUCGGCAUCGUUUAUAUCGAAAACUUUCUGGUUAUGGAUGAAUCCGUUACUAAGCAAAGGCUACAAAUCUCCAUUAAACCUCGACCAAGUUCCGACUCUUUCACCGGAGCACAGAGCCGAGAAGCUCGCGACGCUCUUCGAAUCGAAAUGGCCCAAACCACAAGGGAACUCGAGAAACCCCGUCCGUACAACUCUAAUCCGAUGUUUCUGGAAGGAGAUCGCAUUCACGGCGGUUCUAGCCAUCAUCCGUCUCAGCGUCAUCUACGUCGGACCAGUUCUCAUCCAAAGCUUCGUCGAUUUCACUUCCGGCAAAGGAUCAUCGCCGUCGCAGGGUUACUACCUCGUUCUCAUCCUCCUAGUGGCCAAAUUCGUCGAAGUGUUAUCGACUCAUCAGUUCAAUUUCAAUUCCCAGAAGCUAGGGAUGCUUAUAAGAUCCACUCUCAUAACAGCUCUCUACAAGAAAGGUUUAAAGCUAACGGGCUCUGCUCGUCAGAAUCACGGCGUUGGUCAAAUCGUGAAUUACAUGGCAGUUGAUGCUCAGCAACUCUCUGAUAUGAUGCUUCAGCUCCACGCAAUCUGGCUCAUGCCUUUGCAAGUAGCGGUGGCUAUUGUGCUUCUCUACGGUACUCUUGGACCUUCUGUGGUCACUACUAUUAUCGGUUUAACCGGAAUCUUCGUGUUCAUUCUCUUGGGAACGAAGCGAAACAAUCGGUUUCAAUUCAGUUUGAUGACGAAUCGUGAUUCACGGAUGAAAGCAACUAAUGAGAUGCUUAAUUACAUGAGAGUGAUCAAGUUUCAAGCUUGGGAAGAUCAUUUCAACGAGAGGAUUCUCAAGUUUAGAGAAAUGGAGUUUGGUUGGCUAUCCAAGUUUCUUUAUUCGAUUGCCGGAAACAUUAUCGUGCUUUGGAGCACUCCGGUGUUGAUCUCGGCGCUCACUUUCACAACCGCGGUUUUCUUGGGUGUCAAGCUUGAUGCAGGCACGGUUUUCACCACAACAACGAUUUUCAAGAUUCUUCAAGAACCGAUCAGGACGUUUCCGCAGUCUAUGAUCUCUCUUUCACAGGCUAUGAUCUCUCUCGGAAGACUCGAUGCUUAUAUGAUGAGUAGAGAGCUAUCAGAAGAGACUGUGGAAAGAAGUCAAGGGUGUGAUGGGAAUGUCGCUGUGGAGAUCAAAGAUGGAAGCUUUAGUUGGGAUGAUGAAGAUGACGAGCCUGCAAUUGAAAACAUCAACUUUGAGAUUAAGAAAGGAGAGCUGGCUGCGAUUGUAGGGACUGUUGGUUCAGGGAAGUCUUCAUUGUUAGCUGCAGUUCUCGGCGAAAUGCACAAACUUUCAGGCAAGGUUCGGGUUUGUGGGUCAACUGCUUAUGUAGCGCAAACUUCGUGGAUUCAGAACGGAACGGUUCAAGACAAUAUCUUGUUUGGUCUUCCUAUGGAUAGAAGCAAGUACAAUGAAGUUCUCAAGGUUUGUUGUUUAGAAAAAGAUAUGCAGAUCAUGGAGUUUGGAGACCAGACUGAGAUCGGGGAACGCGGAAUUAACCUUAGUGGAGGUCAGAAGCAGAGGAUACAACUUGCACGAGCGGUUUAUCAGGAAUCCGAUGUGUAUUUACUCGAUGAUGUCUUUAGCGCGGUGGAUGCUCAUACCGGUUCAGACAUAUUCAAGAAAUGUGUAAGGGGGGCAUUAAAGGGAAAGACUAUCUUGCUAGUAACUCAUCAAGUAGACUUCCUUCACAACGUUGACCGCAUCUUGGUUAUGCGAGAUGGAAUGAUUGUGCAGUCAGGAAAAUACGAUGAAUUAGUGAGCUCCGGGUUAGAUUUUGGGGAAUUGGUAGCAGCGCACGAGACAUCAAUGGAGCUAGUUGAAGCUGGCUCGGCAUCAGCCACUGCAGCAAAUGUGCCAAUGGCAUCACCAAGAACACAGAGAAGUAUUUCAAUAGAGUCUCCCCGUCAACCACCAACACCAAAGUCUCCAAAAGUACAUAGAACUACUUCAAUGGAGUCUCCAAGAGUACUUAGAACUACUUCGAUGGAGUCUCCUCGUUUAAGCGAGCUAAACGAUGAAAGCAUCAAGUCGUUUCUCGGCUCCAACAUCCCAGAAGAUGGAUCAAGACUGAUCAAAGAAGAAGAAAGAGAAGUGGGACAAGUGAGCUUUCAAGUUUACAAACUCUACUCAACAGAAGCUUAUGGGUGGUGGGGAAUGAUACUUGUUCUCUUCUUCUCUGUGGCUUGGCAAGGCUCUUUAAUGGCUAGCGAUUAUUGGCUUGCCUAUGAAACAUCAGCCAAAAACGAGGUUUCAUUCGACGCAACAGUCUUCAUCCGCGUCUAUGUCAUUAUUGCUGCUGUUUCCAUUGUUCUUGUGUGCCUCCGGGCAUUUUAUGUCACUCACUUAGGCCUCAAGACUGCUCAGAUCUUCUUCAAACAGAUUCUCAACAGUCUCGUGCAUGCACCAAUGUCUUUUUUCGACACCACGCCAUCGGGAAGAAUUCUCAGUCGGGCAUCUACUGAUCAGACCAAUGUAGAUAUCUUCAUCCCGUUCAUGAUAGGACUAGUGGCCACAAUGUAUACUACUCUGCUCAGCAUCUUCAUAGUAACAUGUCAAUACGCUUGGCCAACUGUUUUCUUCAUAAUUCCUCUUGGAUGGCUUAACAUUUGGUACCGGGGAUAUUACCUUGCAUCAUCUCGGGAACUAACUCGUCUUGACUCGAUCACCAAGGCCCCAGUAAUCCACCAUUUCUCAGAAAGCAUAGCUGGAGUGAUGACAAUCAGAUCUUUCAAGAAACAGCAAAUGUUUAGGCAAGAGAAUGUGAAGCGAGUGAACGCCAAUCUCAGGAUGGACUUCCACAACAAUGGUUCAAACGAAUGGCUCGGGUUUCGGUUAGAGCUGAUUGGGAGCUGGGUACUCUGCAUCUCGGCUCUGUUCAUGGUCUUAUUACCAAGCAACAUUAUCAAACCAGAAAAUGUUGGGCUUUCACUUUCUUACGGACUAUCGCUGAACGGUGUCCUGUUUUGGGCAAUAUAUCUAAGCUGUUUCAUUGAGAACAAGAUGGUUUCUGUUGAAAGAAUCAAACAGUUCACUGACAUUCCCUCGGAAGCGAAAUGGGAGAUCAAAGAGAGCCGUCCACCUCCAAAUUGGCCAUACAAAGGUAACAUACGUCUCGAAGAUGUCAAGGUACGAUAUAGACCAAACACGCCUCUUGUGCUCAAGGGACUUACAAUAGACAUCAAAGGAGGGGAUAAGAUUGGUGUGGUUGGAAGAACAGGAAGUGGCAAAUCGACUUUGAUUCAGGUCUUGUUUAGACUUGUGGAGCCAUCUGGUGGCAAGAUAAUCAUCGACGGAAUCGAUAUCUGCACUUUAGGACUUCAUGAUCUAAGGUCAAGAUUCGGUAUCAUUCCUCAAGAACCUGUUCUCUUCGAAGGAACAGUAAGGAGUAACAUUGAUCCAACAGAGAAAUAUACUGAUGAAGAAAUCUGGAAGAGUCUCGAGCGAUGUCAACUUAAGGAUGUUGUUUCUUCCAAGCCCGAGAAGCUCGAUUCUCUAGUGGCGGAUAAUGGCGAGAACUGGAGUGUUGGUCAAAGACAGUUACUCUGUUUAGGAAGGGUUAUGCUGAAACGAAGCCGGAUUCUGUUUCUAGAUGAAGCAACUGCGUCCGUCGAUUCGCAGACUGAUGCUAUGAUCCAAAAGAUCAUCAGGGAGGAUUUCGCGGAGUGUACCAUUAUCAGCAUUGCUCAUAGGAUUCCAACAGUUAUGGACUGUGAUCGCGUUCUUGUCAUAGACGCAGGAAAAGCGAAAGAGUAUGAUAGUCCAGUUCGUUUGUUGGAGAGACAGUCGUUGUUUGCUGCAUUGGUUCAAGAGUAUGCUCUCCGAUCCGCCGGAAUAUGAGACCACUUUUUAUUUUUGCUUUUCCUUUCUUUUCUUUUGUGGUCAACUUAGUUGACUCAACUAAUAUGAAUAUGAUCACACCUUGUUUUUAUAAUUUCAUGGAGAAUUAUCUGACGGUUUAUGUAGAUUUAAUAAAAUUUCAAUAAUCAC